GUCAGCUCUGGCGGGCGCUCUGGGGACCCUGCGCUGCCCCCUCCAGCAGCAGGAGCAGCACAGCAGCGUCAACAGCCGCAGCCACGGUGGCCACAGCAGCGUGAGAGUGAGGCUGGAAGCGCAGCGCAGCCCAGAGCCCAGGGACGCCGGCGCUUGCCCGAGCCCAGCGGAGCCGAGCGCGCAGCCAGGCCGCCACCGCUGCUGCCUCGUAGAUGCCAUCACAGCAACAAAGAGCUCGCUGAGCUGAGAGCCUUGGCGGCGAGAGCUCGCCUGGAAGGCUCGGCACCGUUUCCAGGAGCUGGGCUGCAGCCGCAGGAAGCGCCUGUAGGGUCUGGGGGAGGAGAGAGGGCAGAAGAUGGCCCAGAGGAGAAAGCCCCCCAGCAUCAAGGGUGAUUCGAGAGCAUUUGAUCCAGAUUUCAAGGGACCUAUUGCCAAGAGGGGUUGUACAGAUGUUCUGUGCUGCAUGGUCUUCAUACUGUUCAUUACUGGCUACAUUAUUUUAGGACUUAUAGCCUGGGUACAUGGCGACCCCAGAAGAGUGGCUUACCCUACAGACAGCAAGGGCCACUUUUGUGGCCAGAAGGGCACCCCCAAUGAGAACAAGAGCAUUUUGUUUUAUUUUAACCUGUUAAGCUGUACCAGUCCCUCCGUGAUGAUAAACCUACAGUGCCCUACUACACAGAUCUGUGUCUCCAAGUGCCCAGAAAAAUUUUUAACCUAUUUAGAAAUGCAACUUCCAUUCAAAAGAGACAAACACUCUUGGGAAUAUUAUAGCCAGUUCUGCAAGUCCCCUAUUUUUCAUUCUGCAAAGUCUCUCUCAGAAAUAGUAAUGGAUGAUGAAUGUCCAGCAGCGAUUUUCCCAAGCAAACCUUUUCUCCGGAGGUGUUUCCCUGACUUCUCUACUAAAAAUGGCACGUUAACAGUAGGAAAUAAGACCACAUUCGAAGAUGGGAAAGGGCAUAUAAGAAAUGCUGUAGAACUCAGGGCAGCUGCAAAAAAUAUCAAUAAAGUCCUCGAUGCAAAGGCAAUUGGAGUGAAAGUGUUUGAAGACUAUGCAACAAGUUGGUAUUGGAUUCUCAUUGGCCUGACAAUCGCCAUGCUCCUCAGUUGGCUGUUUCUACUACUCCUGAGGUUCAUAGCUGGAUUCCUCUUCUGGAUCUUCGUAUUGGGUGUGCUUGGAAUUAUAGGCUAUGGAAUAUGGCACUGUUACCAGCAGUACAGGAAUCUUCAGGAACGCCCCAAUUCUCACUUAACUAUAUAUGACCUCGGAAUUCAGACUGAUAUAAGCAUGUACUUACAACUGAAACAAACAUGGUUUGCAUUUAUGGUAAUCCUCAGCAUCCUUGAAGUGCUUGUCAUCCUCCUGCUGAUCUUCCUGAGAGACCGGAUCCGCAUCUCCAUCGCCCUCCUGAAGGAAGGGAGCAAAGCCAUUGGAUAUGUCCCUACUACAUUAAUUUAUCCAGUUUUUACUUUCUUUUUGCUCUCAAUCUGUAUUUGCUACUGGGCGGUGAUAGCAGUUUACUUGGCUACAUCAGGGACACCCAUAUACAAAGUCAUAACCCCAGAGGGGAAAUGUAAAUAUGAAAAUAGAACCUGUGACCCAGACAUUUUUAACACAACGGAAAUGUCCAGAGCUUGCCCUGGUGCUCAGUGUAACUUUGCUUUCUAUGGUGGAAACAGCCUGUACUACCAAUACAUCUCUACCUUCCAGAUAUUCAAUCUAUUUAUCUUUCUCUGGCUGAUAAACUUUGUCAUUGCAUUGGGUCAGUGUGCCCUUGCUGGUGCCUUUGCUUCUUAUUACUGGGCCUUGAGAAAACCUGAUGACAUCCCACCAUAUCCACUUUUUACUGCAUUUGGACGAGCCAUACGAUAUCACACAGGAUCUCUAGCAUUUGGAUCAUUACUUCUUGCAUUAAUUCAAAUGUUUAGGAUAGCCCUAGAAUACUUGGACAAACGUAUUAAAGAUAACCAGAACAACAUUGCCAAAUUUCUACAACACUGCCUGAAAUGCUGUUUCUGGUGCUUGGAAAAAGUGGUAAAGUUUUUGAACAGAAAUGCCUAUGUUAUGAUUGCAAUAUAUGGCAAGAACUUCUGCAGGUCUGCAAAAGAUGCUUUCGAUCUGCUGAUAAGAAAUAUUUUAAAAGUUGCAGUUUUGGACAAAGUUACGGACUUUGUACUCGUCCUGGGGAAAAUACUAGUUUCUGGGUGUAUAGGUGUCCUGGCAUUUUUACUCUUCACACAAAGAAUCUCAAUAAUUAUAGAAGGACCAACAUCUUUAAAUUACUACUGGGUACCUUUGCUGACAAUCAUUGCUGGAUCUUACCUAGUUGCACACGGGUUCUUCAGCGUCUAUGCAAUGUGUAUUGAUACAAUUUUCAUCUGCUUCUGUGAAGAUCUGGAAAGAAAUGACGGAUCUACAGAAAAGCCCUACUUCAUAGCCCCCACCCUGCACGGCAUUCUGAACAAGAGGCACCUCGUUCCCCCGAAGCAGAAAGAGUAGAAAAGCUCCAAACAGGGCCGCUCGCUUUUAAAGUAGUUUUGUGAAUUCGGUCAUUUGUAAUGAGAAAAGGAUGCUGUUGCGUCAUGUAGAAUUUCCGUGCUGGUUUCUAAAAAGCCAGACCCUGGUACCACCUGAGGUGCCGGGCCUUGGAUCACAGUAGCCUCCGUGGACCGGGAUACGUUCUGGACUGACUGUGGUCCCUGCUGAAGGGCAGUGAAUGGCAUACUUUGUUCUCCUGAAGUCUAUCGCCGAAUGUGUUCUAAAAGCUUUUAUAACUCGGCGUGCUGUUUCUCAUGGCAGCACUUUAAUAGCCUUUCUUGUGAUACAUGUAUAUUUGUAAAGGAUAUUCAGGCAAUUCUUGAAAGUGCUAUAAAUGUAUCAUGGAUUAGCCAUAAAAAGAUUGAUUUAUAGUUAACCAGCAUAUGGGACUGAAUUUGUAAAUAUGGUGCUAUGGUCACAUUUGUACUGUUCAAGCUAGUGGACAACUCUCUAAACUGUGAUUACACUUGUAUUAAUGGAUCCCUAGGAAGUAUAUUUCAGUGGGUGAUUCACGUUCAUAAUAAACAUGUGGAUGGUAAUGUUAUACAGGUCCCAUAGAGAGCGUUACUAGGUAAAAAUGACUGUGGAACCUGCACAGCCCGCUUCGUUUUAGUGAUAUUGCAUUUAUAGUGAAGUUGAAUCUGAGUUCUGGAAUGUUCAUUUUUAAUGAACCUCUGGCCACCAUGAAAGUAUCCUAAACAAAACUGAAAUGGCCACAUAACGUAUUGUCUUUUGUCUCAGCCUAAAGAGAGACAAAUUCCUAUUUUCCUAUUCCUACCAUAUAAAAAAUUGGUAUGGAUUUGUUUCAGAAGAGUGAUUAUACCUUUUCGUGAGUUUACCUGUUUUCCUAGAUUGAAGAGAUUGGCUUUGUUCUACAAAAGGUUUGAUUUUAGCCCAACUUUCAGUGCGGAAAGAGAAAAGAUAAGUCACUUUGGAUUUCCCCCUAAGGAAACAUGCUGUUAGUCCUCCAGAGAUCCCUCAUCAGGCACCUUCGUAAGAGGACAUACUAUGGGUUAGAAAAGCUGUCCCUUGAGGCCUGAGGAGGAAAGUUACUGCCAUAUUCCACCCCUGCUGGCCAUCGCAACAGGCCAGUUUCUGGCAGCCAUGCCUGAGGCUUUUGCAUGAAAGCAUGAGUCAGACAUUCAUGCACUUUGCUUACCCAUCCUGUGUGCAAGUGCAUAGGAUACAACUAACAGUGUAAAAAUGUACCCCAAAAGGAGCAUUGAAUCAAAUUGUAUCCUUUUGGCUUUUACUAGUACACUAAGCUUGUAUAGAAGGAUAAUAAUUGACGGAAAAGAACACGUUGAUCUAACAUUUUUAUCUGAUUAUGAUCCAUAUAUCCAAGAGAGUAUCAUUAUGUUACAGACUACUAUAAAUACUAAUUUAUGUAAUGAUCCUAAAGUCUAAGUGGAAACCUACACGUAGACUGACUUCAUGGCAGUAAUAGCAAGAAGCCAAUGAAUAGGGAAGAUAUUCAAAAUAUUGGCCCUUGCAAUGGCUUAGUUUGAGAUUAUUGUAGUCAAAAGUGUCACUUGGCUUCUCAGCUCGAUAAGGGGCUUUCUUCACGCUCGUUCUCCUUGAAGUGUAAUUCAGAGAAGAGUGACAAGCUGUCUUCCUCGGUGGUUAUUAUUAUUAUUUUACUAUCCAACAAUACAGGGGUUAUAACAUCUAGUAAUAUAGUUCCCUCUGUCUUAAGUGUUGAAAAUUAUAAGGAAUAAGUCCACUUCAGGAGUAGUCAAAAAGUUCAUAAUGAUGAAACAAGACAACUUUUAAUUUUUCUAUGUAUCAGAAUCACUGAUAACUUGUUAUAAAUAUAGAUGCUUGUGCCUCACCCUAAGAGAUUCUGAUAUAUUGCGCUUGGGUGUAGGGCAUCUGGUGAAUUAUUACAAAGUUUUCUAGUUGAUUCUGAUGCACGUAAAAAGUUUUAAAAUCACUUGAAUAAAAUAUAAAUCAAUGUGUGAGAAGCUAGUUGCCUAUUUUCUCCUUAUAUUCGUGGCUGUUCUAAGAGUUAGAAUAUUGAGAGGCAAAGGGGAUUAAUUUGGAGACUUCUAACAAUGGUAGAUUUUUCUAUAGUUUAGAUUCACAGUGCUGUAUUAUAUGUUUAACAUUAUAUCUACUGAUUAGGCCAGAAAAUUGUCUAGAGUAAACUUGGCACAAAAUCAUAAAAAAGGGAAUGCCAUUUGAUUCAAUAUUCUAAAUAAUUUAUUUAAAGCUUAAGUUUUAGCUA